AUGUUUGGGUUCAGAAAAGCACCACCAAAACCUGCUUCUUCCGGUUCAGAUACUGAACCGGAAAAGAAGACAACCCUUACUCCUGAUAGAAGAACUACCUCAGAACCUAUCCCAGCAGUACCAAAAUCUAAAGGAAACUAUUUUGAUGAUGAUGAUGAUGAUGAUGAUGAUGAUUGGGGGAGAAAAAAGCCUUCCUCCACUUCAUCCUCUUACUCUUCAGGGGCUGCAAAAGACAGGUACAAAAAUGGUUUCCGUGACUCUGGGGGCCUAGAGAACCAGAGUGUUCAGGAGCUUGAAAACUAUGCAGUGCACAAGGCUGAGGAAACAACAAACACUGUUAACAAUUGCUUGAGGAUCGCUGAUGACAUUAGAGAGGAUGCUACAAGGACCCUUGACAUGUUGCACCAGCAGGGUGAGCAGAUAACAAGGACUCACAAUAUGAUUGUUGAAACUGAGAAGGAUUUGAGUCGGGGUGAAAAACUCCUAAACAAUCUUGGGGGCAUGUUCUCUAAACCCUGGAAGCCAAAGAAGACCCGGGAAAUUCAAGGCCCAGUAAUUACACCAGAUAAUCCAUCCAAAAAGAAUGUAAAGAAUAAGGAAGAUAGGGAAAAGUUGGGCUUAGCUCCUCUGCCUAAGGGUCGCUCUGCUCCUAACACACCUCCUCCUGAACAAGCCAAUGCCUAUCAGAAAAUUGACGUUGAGAAAGCCAAACAAGAUGAUGGACUCUCAGAUUUGAGUGAUAUCUUGGGCGAUUUGAAGGGCAUGGCUAUUAAUAUGGGAACUGAACUUGAAAGGCAAAAUAAAGCUCUUGAUCAUCUUGGUGACGAUGUGGAUGAGCUGAAUUCUAGAGUCAAAGGUGCCAACCAACGUGCACGCAAAUUACUAUAG